GAAGAGUUGUUGCUGGUGGAUAUAAUCAUAUUGGCAUAGUGAAUACCAAAAAGAUGCUGGUUGUAUCAUGUCUCGGACGACAUCAGUCACGUCAGCCGCUAUGGGGUGCCAACGCGUGUAGACUCUUGGCGAGCACGUUUAGGAUGUGUCAUUGCCAAGAUCACAAAGAGAUGCAUUAGAGGUUUUUGCGCCCCUAUCGGAACUACCCGCCGCUGACGAAAAGAUCUGCCAGACAACCCUGAGAACACUGAAGAUAUCGUUCUAACUAUCUGUGCCACCGUAACGAUGAGUGACUACAAGUCUAUCAUGCUGCGCACGAGUCAGAUACCGGUCAACAAGAACCUCGUGAAGCUCGCCGUUCUGUACGACGAGAAGAUACCGCAGCUCAUCGAGUUCGACCAGGAGAAGCCGCUCAUUGCCAUUAUCCAGGACAUCUGCGCGUUUAAGCAGUGGAACCUUCCCGACCCGGAGUCGUACAGCCUCAAGUACGAAGCAGACAACAACAAGAUCUACAUCACCGAGAAGAACCGCAGCGAGCUGAAAAACGGGCAGGUGCUGCGGCUGAUUUUGUCGGCGGCGCGCACCGCCGAGAAGCUCAUCGAGACGCUGCAGAGCAACGCGGCCGCCAAGCGCAAGGAGGCGCUGCAGCAGCUGCAGGGCCUCGCAUCCGACUUCACAUUUGCGCUCGACUUCAUCAACAAGCAGGGCCUCGCGCUGCUCAUCAGCUUUGUCGAGGAGGACCGCUCGUCGGGCGAGGCGCUCGCCUACGUGCUGCAGACGUUCGUCGAGCUCAUGGACCACGGCGUCGUCUCGUGGGACAUCCUCGAGCACCGCUUCAUCAGCCGCGUCGCCGCGCUCGUCGGCGGCCAUAGCGCGAAGCAGGACGCUGCGAUCCUCAAGGGCUCGCUCGCGAUCCUUGAGUCGGUCGUGCAGAACGGCUCCGAUGCGCACAGGCUCGUCGUCGAGCAGGAGGUGACGCUAGCCAACCUCGUCGCACACCUCGAGUCGCCGAACGCCGAAAUUCAGCUGAACGCGAUUGCGCUCGUCAACGCGCUGUUUGCAAAAGCCGACGGCGCUGGCCGGCAGCGCCGCGUCGCCGACGAGCUGACGGCGAAGAACGUGCGUGGAGUGAUCCUCAGCAACGUGCUGCAGGGCGCGCGGCCCGUCGGCUCCGAGAUGGGCCACCAGCUGUACGUGCUGCAGACGCUCUUCUUCAACCUGAUGAGCGAGCGCGUGACGCGGCGCAUGGAUGCCCAGGACCAGGCCGAGCGCGAUAAGAUCGUCGAGCUACGCAAGAUUGCGUUUGACAACGAGGGUGAGGCGGCGGCGACGGCGCCGUCGUCUCACACGCCGACGAGCCGCCGACAGGGCAGCUACGCAAAGGACUACAAGAAGCUUGGCUUCGCGAACCAUUCGAACCCAGCCGAGGACUUCACAGAGACGCCACCUGGCUUGCUCGCACUCGACCUCAUGUACUACUUUGCGUGCAGCCACACUGACGGCUACACGAAAGUGGUGCUCGAGAACGCAUGCCGCGCGGAUGAGCAUGAGUGUCCGUUCGCGAAGAGCAGCAUCGAGCUGACCAAGAUGCUUUGUGCCGACAUCCUAAAGGUUGGCGAGCCACCAAGCGAUGAGGGCGCCCUCUACUACCCGAUGUUCGUCACGCAGGAGCGUGCCUUCGAGGAGUUCUUCUGUAUCUGCAUCCAGACACUGAACAAGACGUGGAAGGAGAUGCGCGCAACCGCUGAGGACUUUGCAAAGGUGCUUAGCGUCGUACGCGAGCAGAUCGUGCGCGCACUACGAGAGCAGCCGACCAACCUCGACCAGUUCCGCGCUCGCAUCGCGAAGCUGACGUAUGCCGAGAUCACAGCACUCUGGCAACAAGAGCGCAUCAUCCGCGAGGAGGACGAGAGCCAGGCGCGGCCGAUCCUCGAGCUGCGUGAGCAGAUAACGCCCGAGAUUGUAGAGCUCGUGCGGCAGCAGCGGCUUUCAUUCCUCGCACAGGGCACGCUGUUCAGCGAGUACAGCGGGCGUGGGCAGCGGCAGAAGAACAAGUUCUGGUACUGCAGGCUGUCACCAAACCACAAGCACUUCCACUACGGUGACUGCGAUGAGAGCGCACGGCCGUCACUUGAGGAGCUUGACCACAAGAUUGCCGUUGUCGAUGUGAAGCAGCUCGUCACCGGCAGAGACUGCCCGAUCAUGAAGAACAAGAGCAAGACGACAAUCAUGAACCUCGCUUUCUCGAUCGUGCUCGACGGGCCCGAGCCACAGUACGUCAACUUCGUCGCCCCGACCGACCAAAUUUUCAACAUGUGGACGGAUGGUGUCAACGCACUGCUCGGCAACCAGAUGACGAGCCAGCAGACGAAGGAGGACCUUGACAUACUGCUGAACAUGGAGAUCAAGUUGAGGUUGCUGGACACUGAGGGCAUCACGAUUCCCGAUCAGCCGCCGCCGGUGCCAAGCGACCCUUCCAACUAUGACUUCGCCUACGACUAGGCACGAUCCAAAUGACUCGACUAGACAAAUUGAAUCAAUGAGUAGAUCUUACCCUGAUUAUAAGUGCAUGCUGUUGAUAAGGGUAUCUAACUUCGUGGUCAGUCAGCAGUGUCGAUUUUCCUUUGUGUAGUCGAUCUGCAAUAUUAUUAGUUUUCGUGUUAUUGCUUCCUAAGUAUAGAUUUAACCAUUGACCUGUUUUAAGGUAAAUUAGCGAAUAACUAUUAGGAAUAGCUCUCCGUACAUAUACACGCAUUUAUAUUAUCAGAAGUAGAUAAUAGGGAAGGAGUGUGACUUCAGUAAACAAGGGAAAU